CAGCGGCACACUUAAAACUGGUAUGUACGACUAAGUUUUAAGUUCGUCAAUUCAUACGUUUUCCUUUCGUUUAUCUCCACUGUUGAAGAUUCAUGACUUCACAAGUAGGGAGAUAUGAUGUUUUACAAUGGAUCCAAGAUAUUGCUAAAAAGCGUCUGACUGUUGCAAAUACUGUUUCGGAAUUCAAAUAUGCAAAGUGUCGCGUACGUCAGUUAAAAGGACCUAAUCAUUUUCCUUCACUGGAUGAAAAUUUUGAAGAGAAAACUCAUGAAACAAUUCUAAAGUCUGACAAUAAAAUGGGAGUUCUUUAUUGGAUGAUACGUGACCAAAGAGUACAAGAUAAUUGGGCUUUCUUGUUUGCUCAACGUUUAGCAUUGAAAUUUAAAGUCCCACUACACGUUUGUUUCUGUUUGGUUCCGAAAUUUCAAGCCGAAACGUUACGACAUUAUACCUUUAUGGUUGAAGGAUUGAAAGAAGUAGAGAAAGAAUGUCGUGAACUUUGCAUACCAUUUCAUAUUACAUCAGUUGCCAAUAACAGCUCACCGACCAAUCAGUCAGUCAAAACGGGCAUCAAGCGUAAAUUACCGGAAUCAGUAAAUAAUUGUUGUUAUGCUGAUACAGUCGCUCAGUCCGUUUUAAGUUUGAUACAAAAUGUUAAUAUCAGCUGUAUCGUAACAGAUUUUUUUCCUUUGCGUGAACCUACAGCUUGGAUAAAACAGUUGGCUGAACUGCUUCCAGAAAAUAUUCCGUUUUGUCAGGUUGAUGCACAUAAUGUUGUUCCUGUUUGGCAUGCAUCAGAUCACUUAGAAUAUGCGGCUCGUACAAUUAGACCUAAAUUACAUCAAAAAGCAAAUAACUUAAUGACCGAGUUUCCACCAUUGACUAAACAUCCCUAUUGUCAUCAAUCAAGCUUAUCACCAAUAGAUUGGAAUUAUUGGACAUCAAAAUUUUCGGUCGAUUCAUCAGUUAAACCAAUUGAUUGGGCAAUCCCAGGAACUAGUGGAGGUCUUACAACGUUACACACGUUUAUCUAUGAAAAACUGUCUAAAUACGCUGAUUGCCGUAACGACCCCACGAAAAAUUGUUUGAGCGACUUGUCACCAUGGUUUCAUUAUGGUCAAAUUGCACCACAACGAGCGAUCAUGGAGGUAAAACUUUGGCGCCAUAAGUACAAGGAUUCCGUAGAUGCCUUCGUGGAGGAAGCCUUUAUUCGAAGGGAACUCUCGGAUAAUUUCUGUUAUUACAACCCGAAAUAUGAUUCAAUUGAAGGAGCGUGGAAGUGGGCUCAAGACACUCUCGCGCAACAUGCUCAUGACAAGCGCAACCCUUCAUAUAGCGAAGAAAUCAUGAUUGCAGCUGAAACUAAAGACGAUCUAUGGAAUGCAGCACAGCGUCAGCUAGUACGGUCAGGCAAACUUCAUGGGUUUCUACGUAUGUACUGGGCUAAGAAAAUAUUGGAGUGGCAUGGAUCCGGUCCGUCGGCCGCUCUCAAGUUGGCACUUUAUCUCAACGACCGUUAUGCACUGGACGGUUCCGACCCGAAUGGGUUUGUUGGUGUUAUGUGGUCCAUAUGCGGUGUGCAUGAUCAAGGUUGGGCGGAAAGGCCCGUUUUUGGAAAAAUCAGAUGCAUGACCUAUAAAGGAUGUUUAGGAAAGUUCUCAGUACCUACGUUUGUAGCGCGAUACCCCAAUUUUUUAUUCAAUACAAGCUUUUUCCAAAUACCAAAAAGCGGUCCAACUCAUCUUAAUUCACUGGGAAAAUCACACCUUGACAAAAAUAAAUGCAGGUUUUGGAAAGAACAGCGGCAAUUCACAAAUGAUAUCUAUGGAGAAUAACCGCUAUUAUGCCCACAUGGAUGCACAUACUGAAUUGGUAAUCAAAACUAAAUUUGGGAAGGGACAACAACUGCACCUAUUUGGUGGAGUGAAUUCCAAAG